AUGACCGGACCGACAGCGAACGCAACGAGAAUCGUCCCGCCGGGAGGCGAUCCGACCGCAACAACCGACGAACAACAGACUGCCAGGAACGCGGCGAUCGAACUGGCCAAGAUGCAGGAGAUGAUCACCGCUCUGCAGAAGAAGGCCGAGGAACAAAACACGCUGAACAGCUCGCUGACACGGGAGUUAGAGACCUUGCGAGCCACCCGGCAGCAGGAGGAGGAGGCGAGGAGAGCCGCAAGGAGGAACGGCAUCGACCCCCUGGAACUCAACUUCACGACCCCAGAGGCAGGAGCAGGAGGCCGAGCACCGGUCGGAGACGGAGCCACAGAUCCACCCCCCUUGAACAGAUCAAACGCGAAUGCGAACGGCGAGCCCAUGGCGACAGGAGAUGCGCCAGGUGGAGGGUCGGCGCCAGCAAACGGAACAGGAUCCCACACGACUCACAUCUCGGCAGCCAACCAAUACAGCGACGAAGCGCUUGCCGGACUCGUAGACCGGCUGAUGGCGACGAAGAUUAACGAUCUACAGAUCGCGGGAACCAUCAGCGGAAGCUCGCACGACAACGAACUUGAGGAGCUGCGAGCCAGAAUGGCGCGAUCCGAUGAGAAUACGAGAGUCCUCAGAUCCCAAGUCCACAAGGCUCUCAGCGCAGCUCCAGAGAUAGAUCAAUUGUGCGAAGACACGGAGAAAACCCCUUUCUCCCCAACAAUUCUCAACGCCAAGGUAACCGAUCCGGGAAGGCUCAACAUCCAAAAGUACGACGGAACAACCGACCCAAGGGAGCAUGUAAACACCUUCCGCAUUAUCUUGAGCCGAGUCGACUUCCCGACUCCGGAGGCGAAGGACGCAGCAUACUGCAAGUUGUUCGCAGAAUACCUCAAAGGACCAGCUCUGACGUGGUUCAUGCAGAUCGAACCAAACUCAAUCGCAAAUUUCCAUCAGCUGUCGUCUCAGUUUCUCAAGCAAUACUCCAUGUUCAUCGAGAGUGCCACUUCCGAUGUCGAUCUGUUUACCAUGAUGCAAGGGCGAACCGAAACACUGCGAAAUUUCAUGGCGCGUUUUAAAGCAGUUAUGGCCAAAACAGUAGAUGUGACAGACAGGGCCGCCAUUGCCGCCCUCAAGAGAGCACUUUGGUAUCAGUCAGACUUUCGCAAGGAGAUAGCGCACAACCCACCACUGACGAUCCAAGACGCGAUCCACCGAUCCUUAUCUUUUGCCAUCGAAGAAGAAGACCUGAAGAGUUCGGCAAAGUUACACGAACCAUCCAAGCCAACUCUGAAACCUGCAUUAACAGAGCAACGUGCGCCGAACCAGAGGAAAAACAACCAGAGGGGUGGAUACGUCCAUCACGAGGGACCAAACCUCGCCGGCGCACAUAACUAUCAGGUCACCACCGGUGAACAAGUGAACGCUGGCUUCCAACCGGGCGCUGGUCGAGGAAAGAAUUGGAACACCUGGACGCGGAACCCUACCACCUAUGACAAAGAAGCGUACUGCGAACACCAUCAGAGCUACGGACACUCUACCGAGAAAUGCCGAAGUUUGGGCGCACUGCUGGCGAAGAAGUUACUAAGUGGCAAGCUGGGGAGCGAAGUAACACUCAAAGAUCUUGAACGACCCAAAGUGAAAGAUCGAUCCGAACCACCAUUCCCGCCUGCCGAGCCGACGAAGCGCGGAAGGAAAAACGACGACGGUGACCAACCGAGUUCGAGAAAGAGAAUCAACGUGAUCAUGGGGGGAUCGCAGUACUGUCAGGAUACGAUCUCGUCGAUCAAAUCUUUCCAACGAAAGGUCAACGCAGCAAUAAACUGGUCCGAACCAUCGAGGUUCCCGAAUGACGUAAUCACUUUCGAAGAAAGGGAAACGACCAGGAUCGACAAGCCACACAACGAUCCACUGGUGAUAGAGCUGGUCGUAAGUAGCAUGGACGUAGCCCGAGUUCUGAUCGACACGGGAAGCACCGUGAACGUGAUCUAUAAGGAUACGUUGAAGAGGAUGACGAUAAACCUGGACGACGUAGUGCCGAUCCCAAAACCCUUAACGGGGUUCGCAGGUGAAACAACUAUGACCGUCGGAACUAUAAAGCUCCCUGUCGCAGCCGCUGGCGUCAUGAAAGUCGUGGAUUUCUCAGUGGCAGACGCCCCGGAAAUCUACAACAUCAUCAUGGGGACACUGUGGAUAAACUCUAUGCGAGCCGUCCCAUCAACCUACCACCUCUGCAUCACGGAAGAUCGCAGAACCGACGAACCAUCCUGCGACACCGUGAUCCAAGUCUGCAUCGAUGAAGCACACCCUGAGCGUUGCGUGGAGAUCGGGGCUCAGCUCGAAGAACCACUGAAGGAAGAGUUGAUCGUGCUCCUAAAGGAAAACGUCAACACCUUCGCAUGGGCCGCGGAAGAUAUGCCAGGGAUUGACAUCAACAUAACAUGUCACGAGCUAAACGUGAAUCCAACGUUCAAGCCAAUCAAGCACAAGAGACGAAAACUGGGAGCGGAGCGAGCCAAAGCCGUGAAUGACGAGGUAGAGCGACUUCUGAAAGUUGGAUCGAUUGCCGAAGCAAAAUAUCCGGAUUGGCUCGCCAACCCCGUUGCCGUGAAGAAGAAGAACGGAAAGUGGCGGGUAUGCGUUGAUUUCACGGAUCUUAACAAAGCAUGUCCAAAAGACAGUUUACCGCUUCCGCACAUCGACCGCCUGGUAGAAGCAACAGCGGGGAACAAAUUCCUGUCUUUCAUGGACGCCUUCUCUGGAUACAACCAAAUCCUCAUGAAUCCAGACGAUCGAGAGAAGACUGCGUUCAUAACAGAUCGCGGAAUCUAUUGUUACAAAGUAAUGCCGUUCGGAUUGAAGAAUGCCGGAGCAACCUAUCAGCGGCUCGUCAACAAGAUGUUCGCCCAACAACUUGGAAAGACAAUGGAAGUCUACAUUGACGACAUGUUGGUCAAAUCCCUCGAAGAGAAAGAUCACGUGGUUCAUCUGCGCGACUGUUUCGAACAGCUCAACUCGCACAACAUGAAACUCAAUCCGACGAAGUGUAGGUUUGCGGUAACAUCCGGAGAGUUCCUUGGAUACAUGGUGACCCACCGAGGCAUAGAAGCGAACCCAAAGCAGAUUCUCGCGCUGAUUGAAAUGACCUCGCCGAAGACGAAGCGAGAAGUCCAAAGACUCACGGGACGCGUGGCAGCACUCAACCAUUUCAUCUCCCGCUCGACGGACAAAUGCCUCCCCUUUUACGAUACCCUGCGAGGGAACAAAAAGUUUGAAUGGGACGAAAAGUGCGAAAAAGCUUGUCAAGAACUGAAGGAAUACCUGGCGAACCCGCCGAUACUGGCCAAACCAGUGGAAGGCGAGCCACUUUUUCUCUACAUCGCUGUAUCAAGUACCGCAGUGAGCGACGUCCUAGUUCGAGAAGAACGCGGCGAGUAG